AUGUCCACCACCAACCCACCCAAGAUUCUCUUCUUCGACACCUUCGGCACAGUCGUCGAGUGGCGUACAUGUGUCACAAAAGAACUGAGCACAGCCGCCUUGCAUGCCGCCCAGAACAAGGAUCUCCCAGCCGAGCUGCAGGCCCGGGUUACAGCAACAACGUUUCACGACUGGCUAGCGAUUGCCGAACAGUGGCGUCGAUCAUACAGCGUCUUUACUUCUACAAGUACAUUCGACUCAUCAUCUGAGUUCGUAUCCGUUGAUCAGCAUCAUUUCCGCGCCAUCACGGACCUCCUCCAGAAACACGGGCUGGGGGACCUGUUUACGGAUGAAGAGCGAUGGGAACUUUCUCUCAGUUGGCAUCGUCUUAGUCCGUGGCCGGAUAGUGUACGGGGACUUGCGAUGCUCAAUGAGCGAUUUGAGACGUCGACGCUGUCCAAUGGGAAUCACGACCUGUUGCGGGAUCUGAAGAGUUAUGGUUCUUUGCCGUUUGCGCAUUUGACCAGCGCCGAGGAUUUCAGUGCUUAUAAACCUUCGCCGUUGGUUUAUAAGGGUGCGGCAAAGAAGUAUGGCUUCGACCCUAGUCAAUGUGCGAUGGUUGCGGCUCAUUUGAAGGACUUGAAGGGGGCCAAGGACUGCGGGUUUCAGACUAUCUUUGUUGAGCGUUAUUUGGAAGAGGCUUGGUCUCCGAUUGAUGUUGCCAAGGCAAAGGAGGAAGGAUGGGUUGAUAUGUGGAUUGAUGCUGACUCGGGUGGUUUCGUGGAAGUUGCCAAACGAUUUGGGAUUGAGAAGGGGCACCCCAAGUUGUGA